GAGGCCGGUAUACCCGCAGUGUGCAGCGGAGAGAGAGGGCUGGACCUGCACUGCUCCUGUCUAGUACCAAACAACCACUGCCUCCCACCCCAGCUUUACACGAUUAUCACAACCCGAGCAAUUCUGAAGGAGUGGCAGGUUCCCUUCACGGCGGUGUAUGUAUGCAACUGGGAUGUCCGCUGUCAUACAGGCCAACAGGCUGCGAGCAGAAGGCAUGGGCACCAAUGAGCACGCUGUGCCCUUCUCCAACCAGGACUAUGAGGCUCUGAAGCAGCAGUGUGUGGAGUCCGGCUGCCUGUUUGAGGACGACUGUUUCCCCGCUGAGCCUCCAUCCCUGGGCUUCAAGGAGCUCGCCCCCUAUUCCUCCAAAACUAGGGAUGUGGAGUGGAUACGGCCCACAGACCUGAGUGAUGACCCUCAGUUCAUUGUGGGUGGUGCCUCCAGGACCGACAUCUGUCAGGGAGCGCUGGGUGAUUGCUGGCUCUUAGCAGCCAUCGCUUCUCUCACCCUGAAUGAGACGCUUCUUCACCGGGUCGUCCCACAUGGACAGUCCUUUCAAGACGACUACGCUGGAAUAUUCCACUUUCAGUUCUGGCAGUUUGGCGAGUGGGUAGAUGUUGUGAUUGAUGACAGAUUACCUGUCAAAGAUGGAGAGCUGAUGUUCGUCCAUUCUGCUGAGGGCAAUGAAUUCUGGAGUGCACUCCUAGAGAAGGCUUACGCAAAGCUGAAUGGAUCCUACGAGGCUCUGUCUGGAGGAAGCACCACUGAGGGGUUUGAGGACUUCACAGGUGGUGUGUCUGAGAUGUACGAGCUGUGCAAGGCCCCCAGAGAUCUGCACAGGAUCAUCGCUAAGGCCCUGGUGAGAGGCUCUCUGCUGGGCUGCUCCAUCGAUAUCACCAGUGCCUUCGACAUGGAGGCUGUUACAUUCAAGAAGCUUGUGAAGGGCCAUGCCUACUCACUCACCGGACUGAAGGAGGUUGAUUACAAAGGCAACAUGGAGCGCCUAAUCCGGAUACGUAACCCUUGGGGACAGGUGGAGUGGACUGGUGCCUGGAGUGACAAUUCCCCUGAAUGGGAUGAGAUUGAUCCUUCUGAACGAGAGGACCUGCAUCUUAAGAUGGAAGAUGGGGAGUUUUGGAUGUCCUUCAAUGAGUUCAAGAGGCAGUUUUCUCGGCUAGAGAUCUGUAACUUGACUGCUGACGCUCUGAGUGAGGACGGUCUCAGCCACUGGAACACCACAAAGUUUUACGGCGCGUGGAGGAGAGGCAGCACCGCCGGAGGCUGCAGGAACAAUCCCAACACGUUCUGGAUCAACCCUCAGUACAAGAUCACCUUGCUGGAGGAGGAUGAUGACCCAGAGGACGAUGAGGUGGCGUGCAGCUUUUUGGUUGCUCUCAUGCAGAAGGACCGCCGCAAAUACCGCCGCCAGGGUCAGGACACGCACACCAUUGGCUUUGCUCUUUAUGAGAUUCCAGAAGAGUACAGAGGCUGCACAAAUGUCCAUCUGAAGAAGGAUUUCUUCCUCACUCAUUCAUCGUGUGCACGCUCCGAGACAUUCAUUAACCUGCGAGAGGUGAGCACACGGCUGCGUCUGCCCCCAGGGGAAUACCUCAUCGUCCCCUCCACCUUUGAGGCUAGUCAGGAGGCGGACUUUGUCCUCAGAGUCUUCACUGAGAAGCAAUCGGAAACAGAAGAACUGGAUGAUGAAAUCUCUGCAGAUUUUGGAGAGGAAGAAGAAGUAACUGAAGACGACAUUGAUGAUUCUUUUAAGUCCAUGUUCGCACAGCUGGCAGGAGAGGACAUGGAGAUUUCUGUCCACGAGCUUCGGACCAUUCUCAACAGAGUCGUUACCCGGCACAAAGAUCUGAAGACUGAUGGCUUCAGUAUGGAAUCAUGCAGGAGCAUGGUCAACCUGAUGGACAAAGACGGUAGUGCCCGUUUAGGGCUGGUGGAGUUUCAGAUCCUCUGGAACAAGAUCCGAAAGUGGCUGGUCAUUUUCAGAGAUUUUGACCUGGACAAGUCCGGGGCCAUGAGCUCAUAUGAGAUACGUCUUGCUGUAGAGGGAGCAGGUUUCAAACUGAACAACAAACUGAACCAGAUUCUGGUAGCCCGGUAUGCGGAGAACGAGAUGGUCGACUUUGACAACUUCAUCUGCUGCUUGGUCAAGCUGGAAGCUAUGUUCAGGUCUUUCCAGCACUUCGACAAGGAUGGAUCAGGACAGGCUGAGAUGAAUCUAACGGAGUGGCUUUACCUGACAAUGUGUGGUUGAAAGGACCAUCUUCUCUGGAACAGCAAAGGUACAGUGGCUGCAGAUUGCCAUAAACCUGGAGAAAUGAAGACCCCUCAGCCUUAGCAACCCAUCAAUCCUUUAACAGCGUAUGCAAAGUAGUAAAAUAGCUUUUUAAUUGGUGUAGUAAAUCCCCCUUCCUUUUUUGGUCUGAGCACUGCUGAUUACAGGCCUUAAGUUGGAUCCGGUGUGGCCUGGUAGGUGGAGGCUAAGCCCCACCUUCCACAAGACCAAAAAAUGCAGGGGGAUUUACUACAAUAGGAAACCAAAGUCCUAUGAAGUCUUGUGUCUCCCGGCUGAAUUAGGAAUCUAUGCAAACCUGCUGUAUGAAGCAAUCACUGUGCCACCUGGAUCUAUCAUCGGUAGCAUGAUUCCCUGCAUGCCAACAAUCAUUAGCUGUGAUGUGCAUUGUUGCAAGAUUUUGGAUUAUAUUUUAGUUUCACUGUCUGUAUGAAUGUACUAACAAUAAAUUCACUGCUCAAUCUCACUAAAAAAACAUUUCACUAGGAACACAACAAAACUGAAGAAUUUUGUUUCUGUAAAGAUUUAAAAAGGUGAAGUUUCUCAUGAUCAUUCUGCACUCUUUUCCAUUUUGCCCUGAUUGUUUAACAGAAAGAUUUUGAAGGAGUAAUGAUCACCUCAGUUUUCAGUUUCAUUGUUGCACCUGCAGACCUGUAGAUGGCACUGCAGUACAGACCUAAUAUAAUGUCAAUGUUUUUUUCUGGCAUGAUUCGAAAGUUUAGCUUGUUAAUAUUUCAUUUGUAUUGAAGUUUAAGCACAGCAGCUUACCUUUGUUUAGUUCUACUUUGUUGUUUUUUGCACUGACAAUUUAGUUUAGGAUGAUGCUACUGAAGUUGCCUGACAGUGUGAAAUGGUGUAUUUCAAUUCACGCAAGGGACAUUCACGGGGAUCACAUGAUAAUAUAUGCCUUAUACACACAGAUUGAAAAUAUGCCAGUCAUGUAUUUUAUGUUGUGAAUGUAUGUUGUGCCUUCAAUAAAUAUUUCCCUCAUGGUAAA